AUGUCAGGCAUUCAAUCCUAUGUACAAGGCUCCAAACGUCAAAAGGAGCAUGUGUACGCGCAAUUAAAGUGCGGCGCACUCUUCAUAUACGAAUCAGAUCAACCGAAUGAAGACUGUAAAAUCAUCAUACCCGUGCAUAACUACAACGUUUCCAUUCAUCCCGAGAAACAUCAGGAUCACGAUAUCUAUGGAAAGUCAGUAGCAUUGAGACUGACGCCUAAAACGGAGCUCUAUAUUACGUGUGCAAGACCUGUGGACAAGGAAGAUUGGUACUUUGGGUUAUUGGCAGCUACAGAUAUAAUGACUGAAUCACCCAACCACGUAGAAAUGAUGGACAUCACUCACUUUGAUGCUUCAGCCAUGCAAACGUUGAUUUCAACCGUACAACAAGACGCCGAGUACCGUGAGGUACAGUGGUUAAAUGCUAUUUUAGGAAGACUAUUUUUAGGCAUGUACAAAACGGAAGAGAUGCGUGAAUACUUUGAAGAAAAGAUAUCCAAAAAGAUCCAGAAAAUCAAGCGACCAAGUUUUCUGGGAGAUAUUUCAGUGCAAAGUGUGGAUAUCGGCAAUUCAAUCCCUUUUGUAACACAACCUAAACUUCUUUCCCUGACUCCAGAAGGGGAUCUGAUGGCGGAAGCUACCAUUCAUUAUGCAGGUGGCCUUCGAGUUGUGAUACAAACAGACUUUAAUUGGAAUUAUUCAUCCUUAAUGAAGCCUAUUAGGGUGCCUCUGGUCCUGUCCGUCUCCCUCAAAAAAUUGUCUGGUAAAUUCUUAAUGAAGGUGAAGCCACCCCCUACCAAUCGUUACUGGAUUGGUUUUUAUGAAAUACCCGUCAUGGAUUGGGAAAUCACUCCCAUCGUAUCUGACAAACAAAUACGUUUAUCCAUGGUAACAAACGCCAUACAGUCCAAAAUACGUGAAUUCAUGAUGGAGAAUAUCGUGCUUCCCAAUAUGGACGACUUUCCCUUUUGCCCUUCAGGUGGUAAAGGUGGUAUUUUUGGCGAACGUGUACCUAAACCUAGU